CACGGCCGGUUUCGUUCUCCUACUGCAACUCUCCAUUCUCACCCAUUUUUUUGUGCUUCCAUUUCUCUUGCUUCUCUCUGUACUCCCCAUUUUUGAUCUUCUCUUUGAGUACUUCCCUCAGAAGGAGCGAGACCACGAACCAUGGCUUUCCAGAAGAUCAAGGUUACCAAUCCCAUCGUUGAGAUGGACGGAGAUGAAAUGACUCGAGUUAUCUGGGAAUCAAUUAAGAAUAAGCUUAUUUUCCCAUUUUUGGAAUUGGACAUCAAGUAUUUUGACCUUGGCCUUCCACACCGUGAUGCCACAGAUGAUAAAGUUACAAUUGAAAGUGCAGAAGCUACUUUAAAGUACAAUGUAGCAAUCAAAUGUGCAACAAUUACUCCAGAUGAGGCACGUGUUAAGGAAUUUGGCUUGAAGCAGAUGUGGAGAAGUCCAAAUGGAACAAUCAGGAAUAUUCUGAAUGGUACUGUCUUCAGAGAACCGAUUCUUUGCAAAAAUGUUCCUCGCCUUGUACCAGGUUGGACGAAGCCUAUCUGUAUUGGAAGACAUGCUUUUGGUGAUCAAUACAGAGCUACUGAUACAGUCAUCAAAGGACCUGGGAAACUGAAACUAGUUUUUGAGGGGCAGGAGACGCAAGAGAUAGAGGUUUUCAAUUUUACUGGUGCUGGAGGAGUUGCAUUAGCUAUGUAUAACACUGACGAGUCCAUCCGCUCUUUUGCUGAGGCAUCAAUGGCCACUGCUUAUGAGAAGAAAUGGCCUCUUUACCUUAGCACAAAAAAUACUAUUCUAAAGAAAUACGAUGGAAGAUUCAAGGAUAUAUUCCAAGAAGUCUACGAAUCUCAGUGGAAAUCAAAGUUCGAAGCUGCUGGCAUAUGGUAUGAACACCGUCUCAUCGAUGAUAUGGUGGCUUAUGCACUUAAGAGUGAAGGAGGUUAUGUGUGGGCAUGCAAGAACUAUGAUGGAGAUGUUCAGAGUGAUUUCUUAGCUCAAGGAUUUGGAUCUCUUGGGUUGAUGACUUCUGUUUUGGUUUGUCCUGAUGGAAAGACAAUUGAAGCAGAAGCAGCUCAUGGCACUGUUACACGACAUUUUAGGGUUCAUCAAAAAGGUGGUGAAACCAGCACAAACAGCAUAGCGUCCAUCUUUGCUUGGUCUCGUGGUCUUGCUCACAGGGCAAAACUAGACGACAAUGCUAGUCUCUUGGAGUUCACCGAGAAACUAGAAUCAGCUUGUAUUAGUACUGUGGAAUCUGGAAAGAUGACCAAGGAUCUUGCUCUUAUCCUUCAUGGAUCCAAGCUUUCUCGUGACCAAUAUCUGAAUACUGAGGAGUUCAUUGAUGCUGUUGCAGAGGAACUAAAAUCCAGACUCCUCAAGGUAAUUAGUCUGGUGGGAUGUUAUUAAUGCAUUUGGCUUCUAACUAUCAAGUCAACUAGGCUAGACAUCUUGAGGCUAGAUUGUGAAGACUGAUUGCUGAAAUACAUGAAAUGAAGUAGAGAGGCGACAGACUAACAAAAACGGGAACUGUGUUGAAUCUGUUGUUGGGGGCUCUCUGAGGUUACUGUUUUGUUCUGUGUUUGAAAAAUGUUGACUUCAAUUGUCAAAAGUUGUCAUAAUCUAUUCCCAUUCUAGACUUCGCUUGAAACUGGAAUGUGUAUUUUUUGUCUUUUAGUUUUUAGUUUAGUGAGUUGCUUGCAAUAAGUAAUCAAUAAUCAUCUUGGUUUUCUUGGUUUCA